AAAACAACAAGAAGUUAGUUAACAUCUCCCCUAGCUACCCGUCUACCUUGUGGGUAUUUCUCUCCCUAAAAGACGUGAGGCUUUAGGUCCAAUACUCAGCACUCAUCAUCUUAGCUGAAAAACCAAGACAAUUAUGAAGCAAAAGGUGCUGAUCAACGUGUCCAUGGAUGGCCACAGCUGCCUUUGCUGUUGUAUGCUGGAUGGACGGAAAGUCCGGACCAAAGCCUUGAAGAUUGCGGUUGGCGUUUCAGGGGUGGAAUCAGCAUCUUUAAAAGGGGAAGACAGUGACCAAAUAGAAGUAAAAGGGAAUAUGAUUGAUACAGUGAAACUUACAACGUUACUCAGGAAGAAAGUGGGACCUGCACACAUAAUUUCUGUGGAAGAAGAGAAGAAAGAAGAGACGAAAGAAGAACCCAAAGUAGAGUGCAUUGCGUGGCCUUAUGGUGGUGGUGGUGGUGUUCCUUCCUACUGCUCCUAUCCAAUCUAUGAGGUCAGGGAUUGCCAUGAGAGCUCCAACCCUUGCUCCGUCAUGUAACGUCUGUACGUUUAUCGGUAGAUCUAGACAACAUGCAGUUGAGUAUGUAAUUUCAACAUGAGUUUUUGUUUUUCUCUCUUCAAAUGCUUUCCUGGGUUGAGCAUGCAGAUCUGGAAUUGAAUUAUCGCUUUUUAUCAAUAAAAAUCGGUAGUUUGUUGAGUUUCUCA